AAUGAGUCUGCAACGUGCUCCAUAUGUCUGCGCCCAAUGCACGGCGCAGAUCACCCGCUGCCCGAAGACUUCCUUCCUACGCUACCAGCGCACGCAUUUUGUCCGUCAGUCCCGCCGAUACAGCCAGCUCGUGCAAAAUGAGCGACCCUUCCGCGUCGCCAUCAUAGGUUCGGGCCCGGCCGGCUUCUACGCUGCCUAUCGUCUCCUCGCCAAGGUGGACGAUGCCGUCGUCGAUAUGUACGAGAAACUGCCCGUCCCUUUCGGGUUGGCGCGAUAUGGCGUCGCUCCCGAUCAUCCCGAGGUCAAGAACUGCGAAGAUAAAUUCACCGAGGUUGCCACAUCCCCGCGAUUCAACUUCAUUGGCAACGUCGAGUUGGGUGUGUCUCUCCCACUGAGUACGCUGAAGCCCCACUACGACGCCAUACUGUUCGCAUACGGCGCCCCGAAGGACAAAGAGCUCGGCCUCCCCGGCGAAAAGGCCAAUCGGAACGUCUAUUCGGCGCGGGAGUUUGUGGGCUGGUACAAUGGCCUCCCCGAGCAUCGGGACCUGGCACCGGACUUGACCACUGGCGAGAAUGCGGUGAUCGUCGGACAAGGCAACGUGGCGUUGGAUGUUGCCAGGAUUCUGCUGUCGGAUAUCGAUGUUCUGCGCAAGACGGACAUCGCGGAAUAUGCAGUGGAGGCGCUACGGAGGAGCAAGAUCAAGAGGGUUCGCGUUGUUGGUCGUCGAGGGCCGAUGCAGGCCGCGUUUACCAUCAAAGAGCUUCGCGAACUUCUGCAGCUGCCAUCCGUCGCGUUCGACCCCAUACCCACAGACCUCCUCCCGUCCGAAGAGGUCAUGUCGGCACUGCCUCGCGCCCAGAAACGCCUGGUCCAGCUCAUGGCCAAGGGGUCUACGAACGACCCGUCCACGGCGCAUAAAUCAUGGUCGCUGGAUUUCCUCCUCUCUCCGGAGAGCCUGCACACCUCGCCUCAACACCCGAAUCGCCUUUCGCAUGUGACCUUUGCUCGAAACCAGCUGGAUUCCUCCGACCCGUUCCUGCCCAGCGCCAAAGUGACCCCUCAAUACCUCCCGAGCGGGGAGCGGGCGACGGUCGAUCUUCCCGCUGACGCUUUCUUUCGCAGCGUGGGGUACAAGUCGCUGGCGUUGCCGGGCAUGGAAGAGCUGGGGGUGCAGUUCGACGCGCGGCGCGGGGUGAUCCCCAACGACGGAUUUGGACGGAUCACCAGCCGCGCCGACACCGGCGAUCGUCAGGCGCUACCCGAUGGCUCGAUCAUUUCCCAUCUCCCGGGUCUCUACUGCGCUGGCUGGGCCAAGCGUGGACCUACGGGCGUCAUCGCCACCACCAUGACGGACGCGUUCACCACGGCGGACGCAAUCGCUGCAGACGUGACGACGCGACCCUCGCUCAACGCCCCCGAGCAACGCACCGGUCUCGGCUGGGAGGGCGUCCGUCCGGAGGCCGAGAAGCGCGGUCUGCGGCCCACGACGUGGGAAGACUGGCAACGGAUUGACCAGGCCGAGCGCGCGCGCGGUCAGGAGAAGGGCAAGGUGCGCGAUAAAUUCGGACGUGUGGAGGAGAUGCUUGACGUUCUUGCAUGAGACGUCAGAGUUGUACGAUAG